CGAUGGUUGAACUCAGAUGGAUUAAAAUGUCUUUAUUUCUGAUACUGGGGCUUCAGUUUACAGCAGUAACUGGACAAACUUCCCUCUACAUCACUGUCAGAGAUGGAGAUGAAGUCACUUUGUCUUGUGAAAAUGUGAUGACUGAUCAGGAUAAAUGUAACAGUACUACCUGGCUCUUUGCUGGUUUAAGAAACACAGCAGCAGUAGCGCUGAUUAAACUUGGGCAGAUUGGUGAAAAUGCCAAAUCUAAAUCAGACAGACUGAGUGUUACAGCGAACUGUUCACUGGUUAUAAAGAAGGUCACAGUUGAGGAUGUUGGUCGUUACUCCUGCAGACAGUUCAAAUCAGGACAACAACAAGGUCAAGACUCUCGGGUUUAUCUGUCUGUUGUUACCAUGACUGAACAUAAGGACACUGAUAAGGUGACGUUAAGCUGCUCUGUGUCGACACGUGGAAAGUGUAGACAGACAGUGAAGUGGGUGUAUGAGGGUAAUUAUUGGGAUGUGAACACUCAGCACAUGAAGGAGUCACAGUCUUCUUGCUUUGACAAUGUGACGUUUACAACUUCCCAUCUUGCUGAGAUGUCAAAGUAUUCUGAGUUAUUCAAGUGUAACGUGACAGAUAAAAACACUGGAAAAGUGCAGCUGUUUGCCUUCAGCCCUCAGUCUUCAGGUGAGGUCACUAAAAGAGCUGCAACAACAAAAUCAACACCAACAAUGAAAUCAACAAGACAACAAGUUUUGUUGAGGUUCCUCAUCGUGUCUGUGGGUUUAGCAGCUCUCUCAAUAACUGUUGUGUCAGUCAACAUAUGGACCAGAACUAAAGGGAACAAAACACAGAUGGAUGACAAUGCUGUGCAUAAUGAUGAAGAUGGAGAUGAAGGUACGGUGACCUAUGAAAACGUUGGAGAACCUUCUGCUUCUGUUCGUGGUGAUGGUGAUGAUGAAGGUGAUGCAGUGACCUACAGCACUGUGAAAGCUUCCUCCUCUUCUGCUGGAGCCUCCACUGAUCCCAGCAGCCUCUACACUACCAUCAACAAACCCAACAAAUAA